UUGUUAACGUGCAGAACACUGACAACAAGUGUUUACUGUAAGUAUAGCAGUGGGGUUUCAGUGUGGUGAUACGGUGUAUGGAUUGAACUGUAUGCCGCCUGUCCAUGUCUUAUGUCAUCCGUACUUUAGAUGGUCAAUACUGGCUGCUAAAUUUUCGGCAGACAAGUCUCAUCCAUGUCGUCAAUCGUCGUACGCAGAACAUGCGGAUACUGUGGAUGUGAGCGGCAUCGAGUUUCCAGCAAAACUGGAAGACAUACCAGUCAUCGAAAGACUGAACGACGGUCUUUACAUCAACGUCUUCGGAUAUGAAGAGAAAGUCAUAUAUCCGUUAAGAAUUUCUCAGCAACCGCAGACCGCCAUCAAUAUAUUGCUCAUCCAAGACGAACGCAAUGACGUGGAGGUGCAGCACUGGGUGUGGAUAAAGUCAUUCAGUCGUCUUGUUGCUACUGGAGCACGUCGAGCACAUUUUGUCUGCUUCAGAUGUCUCUCAACACACGUCACGGAGAAGGCAUUGAAUAAUCAUAUGAUGUACUGCAGUGAACAUCCUGAAGCUACGGUGGAGAUGCCAAAGGCUGGUGAUAGAGUGAUGUUCAGGAAUGUGAACAAGCAGCUUCAAGCCCCAUUUGUGAUCUAUGCCGAUUGUGAGGCCUUCAUAGAACCUCUGUCCGCUGUCAAGAAAAUCGGUCAUUCGACAUUCCAAAAGAACAAGCAUGUAGCCUGUUCCUGUUCGUACAUUGUAGUACGAUCUGAUGGCGUCGUCACGAACCGUUUCUUCUACCGUGGAGAAGAUUCUAUGUUCUGUUUUCUGCUGUCACUUGAGCAAGAGGAGGAGACUAUCCGUGAUGAGCUUCUAGCAUGUAAUGCUGGUCAAAUGAUCAUUUCAGAAAGUCAGCAACGUGAAUUUGAAACGGUAGUCUCCUGUUGGAUCUGUGGUGAAGCGUUGGGUAGCGAUCGUGUACGUGACCACUGUCACAUCACCGGUGCUUACCGUGGUGCAGCACACAACCAUUGUAACCUGAACAUGCGGAUUGAGCCGUUCAAGAUCAAGAUUCCUGUGAUCUUUCAUAACUUGAAGGGAUACGAUUCUCAUCACAUCAUAUCUGCCAUUGGGAGAACAUCCACUGAUGAGAUUACGUAUGUGAACGAGAAAGGACAAGAACGGACCAAGCGUCUCGGUGCUAUCAAAGUGAUUCCCAUCAACAGUGAAAAAUAUGUCACAUUCGGAUGGAGACAGUUCCAGUUCAUCGACAGCCUGGCAUUCUUGAACACCUCCCUAGACCGGUUGGUUUCGGCCACACCACCAGAUGCAUUCGCCCUUCUAUCCGCACGAUUUCCAGACGAGGAUGAACGCAAACUGUUGACACGAAAGGGUGUCUACCCGUAUGAAUAUAUGGGGUCGUACGACCAAUUCGAAGAAACGCGUCUACCACCCAAGGAUGCAUGCCACUCAACGCUAACGAACACGGGUAUCAGUGAUGAAGACUAUGCCUAUGCGCAAACAGUAUGGACUGCGUUUGACUGUGAAGAUCUAGGAGACUAUCACGACCUCUACCUGGAGACUGAUGUGCUGCUGUUGGCUGACGUUUUCGAAAACUUCAGAAGAACUGCUCACGCAACCUAUGGAUUGGAUCCCGCUAAUUACCUCACCUUACCGGGAUUUGCCUGGGAUUCGCUGCUGAAAAUGACGAAGGUGUCCCUUCAUCUCAUUUCCGACAUUGACAUGUUCAACUUCAUUGAGCAUGGCAAAAGAGGUGGCAUAAGCAUGGUGUCCGCUAGACACGCCACCGCCAACAACAGAUAUCUAUCGGAGUACAAUCCAGACGAGCCGUCAAGCUUCAUCCAAUAUUUAGAUGCGAACAAUCUAUAUGGAUGGGCCAUGUCUCAACCCUUGCCCGUGUCGGACUUCUGCUUUGAAGCAGUGACGGAUGAUCUUCUGGAGACGGUACUCGAUCAUCCAAUGGACUCUUCGACGGGAUACAUGGUGGAGUGCGAUUUAAGGAUUCCAGAUGGUGUGCAUGACAUGAUGAAUGACUAUCCGUUGGCUCCUGAGAAGAUGAAGGUGACACGAGAUAUGCUUUCUCCAUAUCAGACCCACAUGGCAGAGAAACUAAUGGUGACCGGUUUGGAAGCGAAGAAACUGGUACCAAAUCUACUACCGAAAGAGCACUAUGUUCUGCACUACAGAAACUUGCAGCAGUAUGUGUCCUUGGGUGUGGAGAUUACAGAUGUGCAUCGUGUGCUCUCCUUCACACAACACCCAUGGAUGAAGCCAUACAUCGACACUAAUACUGACCUGAGAAAGCUAUCAACUUCUGAUUUCGAGAAAGACUUCUAUAAGUUGAUGAACAAUGCUGUAUAUGGCAAGACCAUGGAAAACGUUCGAAACAGAGUAAACAUCAAGCUCAUUCGUGAACAGGAUGAAAAACCACGUCUCCAGAAAAGCAUCAACAAACCUUCGUACAUCCGCAGUGUAGCCUUUGAGAACGAUCUGAUAGCAAUCGAGUUUGCCAAGACAAAGGUGACUCUCAAUAAACCCAUUUAUGUGGGUACAGCCAUCCUCGAUCUGUCGAAGCACUUGAUGUAUUCCUUUUACUAUGAAGUUCUCCUACCCCGCUAUGGACAAAAUGUACGUUUGCUCUACACUGAUACUGAUAGUCUGAUCGUACAUAUUCAAACGGAUGAUCUGUACACCGAUAUGUCAAACAACAUAACAGCCUAUGACACAUCCAACUAUUCACCAUCCCACCACCUGUACAGCACGGUCAACAAGAAGGUGGUAGGGAAGUUCAAGGACGAACUAGGUGGCAAACCCAUCAAGGAGUUCAUUGGUUUGCGGAGCAAGAUGUACGCAUACCGCUGUGAAGACAACGACGACAAUGGCAAGCGUGCCAAAGGUGUGCAGAGAAGCGUGUUGAAAAACACCAUAACCGUCGAUGAUUAUCGAACAUGUCUCGUCGAGGAGUCUCAGCUGAAGAGAACAAUGAAUGUUCUUCGAAGUCGACGACAUUGCAUUCACGGAGAGGAGCUACACAAGAUUGCCCUCUGUGGAUUCGACAGUAAGCGUUACAUUCUGGAGGAUGGUAUCAACACCCUGGCAUUCGGACACAAGGAUAUUCCAAAGCACUGAGGGAUUUCCACACAUACUAGAGCAUAUGUCAUAUCUUCUCAUGAAAUACAUUGUAAAUACUAUGCGAUUCAUAAUAUUCACGUUAAUCCAAAGCAUGAGCUACAUUGUACAUAUGAAAUGCUAAUACUUUUUGAGAUCAUUCACAUCCUUCUUUGUUAACCAGGUAUGGAAUUUUUCGUCUUGAUAA